GCAAAGAACACCCAUGCUAUGAUGACACGGACAACGAUUACGAUGUGAAUGCUCAAAAUACCAAACGAAUCUGUCUCGACUACUAACCUUCCCACCAACCGAUCCAACGAACCCAACUAAUGCUGCCUGCGCCAACAUCCUGAUCCCCAGCACAGACACAGAAACACUCUACUCCUCGACCCCCCUCUCCGCAAUGGCCGUCUUCUCCCUCAUAAUCAUCAACAAAGCCGGCGGCCUAGUCUACCAGCGCGAAUUCCAACCGGGAUUGCGCAAACUCUCCACAAACGAUUACCUUGUCCUGGCGGGCACGUUUCACGGAGUCCACGCAAUCACCCGCACCAUUACCCCCAAACUCCCCCUCGCCGCUACCAUCCCCCCCGUAACACCCACCAGCACCACAACCCCCAACAUCGCCUCUCCCUCGAGCACAUCAACCCCGACGCCCUCAUCCACCACAUCCUACACAUUCCCUAACCCCGGAGUCCCCGCAACAGGUCUCGAGUCCCUAGAGACGGAUAAGUUCCGGUUAACGUGUUUUCAGACGUUGACGGGGACCAAGUUCUUGUUGUUUACGGAACCGACAAUGACGAAUAUUGAUGUCGUCAUGAAGAAGAUUUAUGAGUUGUAUGCGGACUUUGUGAUGAAGAAUCCGUUUUAUCAGUUGGAGAUGCCGGUUAGGUGUGAGGCCUUUGAUCGGAAUUUGCAGGGGUGGUUGAGGGGGAGGGCUUGAUUGAGUGAGUGAUUGAUUGAUUGAUCGAUUUGAUCCCGUGAAGAUGGGGAUUGGGUUGAUUGAUGAAUUACUGGGUAGGGUGAUUGUUGUGGGCAGAAUUUUUGUCUUUAUUUUCGCGGCUGGAAUGACAUAUCAGGGCGUCAUAGUUUGUAUCGGGGAAAAUUGUUACGAUGGCGAUAGACUGCAUAUAAUACCGCAUCCGUUCAAAAGCGUGUCGUCGGGAACCGCUUUCUACAAUUACAAUAUAAAACCAAAGUAC